AUGUCCCCCCCACCCUGGCCCAUCAAAAAAUACUCUCCUCGCCACUCCACCUGGCCCUACACACCCCAAGACUUCCAUCGACAAGAUGCUUCCCCAGACACACAAUUUUACCAUCAACCCCGCUUCGUCACGCACAUUGACGAUGCGGCAAUUGCGGAUUUACGAGAAUAUUAUCGGAGCGUACUUCUUCCUUGUUGUACUGCAGAUGGCGGUGGUGGUCGUAUUUUGGAUUUUUGUAGUAGUUGGAUUAGUCAUUAUCCGGGGGAAAUUGAGGACAUGGUGAAAGAUGGAGAGGAGGGAAAAGGAUGGAAGAUUACAGGUUUAGGAAUGAAUUACCAAGAAUUAGAGGCGAAUCCCAUUUUGAACAAUGGAAGAAUUUGCUGGGAUUUGAACGUGGAGCCGGAUUUGAAAGUUGCUUUGACCUCUUCCACCACCACCAACACCAACAAGACGAUAUCAAAAUUCGACAUCUCCACCUCCGCCCUCUCCAUCGACUAUCUCACCUCGCCCAUCUCCGUCCUCUCAAGUCUUUUAGAUCUCACCAACGAGGGAGGAAGUGUACAUUUGGUGAUUAGCAAUCGAUGUUUCCCCACCAAAGCGAUUGCGCGAUGGUUACGCGUGGAUGAGGAGGAACGCGUGCAGAUGGUGGGGGAUUUUUUGCAUUUUGCGGGGUGGAAGGGGAUUGAGAUUGUGGAGGAGGAGGAGGGAUCCGUUGUGGGUUGUUAG